AUGAUCAUCGUCCGCGCUGUUGUGGUGUCUCUAUGUCUAGUUUCGAUAGCAUGCGCUCGACCUGCUUCUAUUUUCAAAACUUUUGGUAGGCGCCGGGGGUCUUUCCGGUCCAGUCCGUCUAAAAUGAAAAGACAAACAGACGAGUUGCGACGACAAAUCGUAGAAAUUGAUCAUCCUUAUUACGGUGAAUAUUUUUCUUCAGAGCAACACGACGAAGAACCAUUACACUCAAUUAGAGGAAAAGCUUCAGUGGCAGAACUUUUCCGUCACAGGCUGAUGGCCUGCGGGUUAAUAACGACUAAAUCUCCCGAUAUGUGGAAGAAUCGUUUGAUUGCCGAAUUGGAGGAAAUAAUUGCGGAAUUGGAGCGAAGAUGUGAACUGUGUAAACCGCUCUAUGAUGAACCAUGUCGAUAUGAGAUACUUCGAAGACUUAUGGAUCCCUGUCCUCCUUGUUGUCGGAAAGAUACAAAAAAACGGCUUCUAAUGACGCUUCAGAAACUCGUCGAAAGAUCGUUGGAUAGUGGAAAUAUGUCAGAGAAUGAACAAAGUAAUGCAGGAUUUGAAGACGAAUAUUACAAAGAUAAUCUAAAUAUCUUGCCCUACACCGACACACCUAUGGCAAGAAAAACUACUAGUGUAACCGAAAUACCCAUGCAUUUAACGACACCAAUGAUCACUAUUGUAACGCAGAAGAACAAAUUCAAUAAUUCCUGGUGGCCGUUGCCUCGUAGGCCUAACUCCCAAUUUUUGAAAACCCAAUUAUAUGAUACCAGUUUUAUCAACACAACACAUGAUAAUGAUCACGGGGGCUCGUUAGUGCAUGCCGUCAAUGAAGAGAAGGUUGAAAAUGUUUACGAUUUUUUGCAACAUUACAUAAAUGCAGUAUACAAGGGACAACCAGGUGAUGAGCAAAGGAAGCAGUUUUUUCUUGACCAAUUAUGCCAAAAUGCAACCAAUGGAAGAAUCGUGCUCCAGUGCGCCGACAGUACCGGAGCAAGAAACACGCGAGCAACGGAAAUUGAUGCGACGGAAAAACUUUCAGCUAGGCAUGCUAGUGAAAGUUCCAACUCCUCAAGUGACAUUCAAAUCCCGCUACUUUUUGCUACCCCAACUAUAAAUUGUAAGUAG